GUGCCCCCGCUGUGCCAGGUGCUGACCCUCGGGGGCGAGGUCCUCGACGACGCGCGGGCGCUGCUGCUGGACUUUCAGAGCUUGCCGGACGGCGCGCCCCUGCCGCUGGUGCUGGAGGAGUCCUACGGCGACCUGGAGGCCGCGCUGGGCCAG